AUGCUGAGAAAAUAUAUAGAAAAUUCCGAUCUGUGGGCUGAUAACCAGCCCGAAAUGGACGUUACUUUAGAGAGCAAACCCAGUUAUACUACUGAAGGGAACUUAAACUGGCCGCCGAUCAAAUAUAUCCUCUCUAAGCUCAUCCUAAUGUACGGCGCCGACAGCAUCUCACUUACAAAAGGCCUUGCUCCAUCAUUCAUGAAUAGUGUAAGAAGGCAAUCACCUGGCGAUUUUGAGCAGCAUCGCUUCUGCAAACUGCAAAAUCUUCUACGGAAUCUUGGAUUGCAUGACAUUCUGUUGCAACUCCUGGAGGUACCAAUCACUGACAAAACUGCUUUGACGGAUGAGGUCAUCAAGCUUACAAAAACAAACAUCUGCGCAUUUUGUUUCAAUAACCCUACGAAUCAGGCAUCCAUGAGCCGUUACCUGGAAAGAUUCCUUACCGAAGAGCCCGAUGACGCGAUGGUGUACGCUGCGAUUAUUUUCAAAAAUCCUCGGAUAUGCGAAGGCAUUGAAAGUCAACAUGUGCGUCACUUCGCGCUUUGUCUACAGCACAAAGGACCACGUUUUUCCUGGCUAUGUGCCAUGUCGUCAAUUCUUUGUGCGGCAGAAAAUCCUCCACGCGACCUCCAAGAUUUAAUAAUCACUGAGCUCUUCCCUUUGAAGGACAGUACACUCCGCAUCCUGCACGAUGUGCGCAACCUUCUCGGUCAAUUCGAAAGAAUUGAACACAAUGAGGAAUUCGAUGAGGAUUGCCUUUGGGCAGCACAACCGUCGCCGAUCUCGCAUCAGCUGGCCGCAAUUCAUUUGUUCAAGCAAAAACUCAACUAUGGACACAGGGCCGAAUUUCGACGUUCGUGCAGAGUAUAUCUGCUUUUCCUAGAAAACGUUUACUUCGAUACGGACUUAAAUAUUAAACCAAUGUGGUCACCAAAUAGUCAAGUUUGGAAAUUGUGGGAGAUACUAAUAGCAGAAAUUAACGAAGUCCCUACCAGAACAUCCAUCCUUUUCUUAUGGAGCUACGCUAAAUCUCAUUAUUUCGUAAACAUCUCUGAUCCUGAGAUUAGCUUUGGAAAGUGUCUUGGAGAUUUCGCUGCACUUGCUCUACAGAAUGGAUCGAGUGUUGUGGUGGAGGCAGACGGUGGCGUUUUCUCCUUCUCAAAAUGGAGUGAACUCAAAUUUGCGAGCUACUAUCAAGCAUUGGAUCAUAACCAAAUGAUUGACAAAUCCUCGACGCUUCCACAGGGAACCUCAACCACGGUGAAUGGGAAGGAUGAAGUAAAUUGUUUCGGGGAAGCAUUGUUGAAGACUACUGUUAGACUGCAAGUAGGAAGUACCCAGUUUGAAAAACCAAUAUCCUACCCUGAGCACUUAACAUUACAAGGACCACUAGUACUGGAGAAUGUGCUACAGCUCAUUUCCUCUAGGUUGGAGAUGAAAAUGAAGCACUUCUUCGAGGGGGAAAAGUCAAUGUUGAUUUCAUUUAUUUGUCGCCCUGGAAGAGCUAGCCGAAAAUGCAAAAGAUGCCAGAACGGUCCGCUUUCCUCAGCCCUUUACUCCUCAUUUGUGCACCACACCCGCUCUUUCCUGCGGAGAGGUGAAAAUGAACGGUUUAUCAAGAUGCUGAAGAUUUUGAAACUCACGAUUUAUCCAGAGCAGCCGCAGUCGAUCUGUGCUGCCUCUCAGCAUAAUAAAUCAAGUAAUUUAUCUUGGUCAAUCGGUGACGAAGUGGAUGAAUUUAAGAAGAACUUUUUGCUAACUCGGACCCUCAAAGACAUAUGUGACCUGGUUAUUCAUUGUAUCACUGAACAUGUGAACAAUGACCGGGUUUUCAACGUAUCGGCUGAAAUUGCUUACAGACUUCUAAGGCGGGGUGGCGCUUCCGUUCAGGAAGAAUUUUUUCGCCUACUUGCAUAUGGGACCAACAACGGAGAAUUCUUUCGCGCAAUAUUUCAGCGAUUACACAACGCCAUCACACAAAUAAGCUUUUAUAACGAGCGAAGCACCGUCACUUUCGUUCCCCCCUCCAAAUGUCGGAUACAUGCUUUGGUCUCAUGUUUGUGCAAGCCACAUGGACGCGUACUUCACGCAAAAGAACUGCACAGUAACACUCAGGAACCACUUUCGCUGUCAAGAGAAAACUAUGAGUCAUUACUCAUCGUGCUGAAGCUAAUGCGGUCACUAUGUGCCAAGCAGCAUGCGGGAUUCCAGGAUCUCCUGCGUGUGCAAAGACACAAUGUGACGAGCUACAACCUGAUAGAAGAGACACAACUGCUACUCAUAUGUCUUGCCAGACUUACUCCAUUCGGCGUGUCGAUGAGCUCAGAUCACGGCGCGUCACACGCUGAACAAAUGCCGAAACAUGCUCAGAACCUUCAUACUCGUCCACAAUGCUACAGUGAAGCCGGCACUCAUGAUCGUUUUCCUACACGAGCAGUAGAAUGCAGCAAUUAUUUUAGUAUCAGAGACAACCCACCAGCUUCGAUAACGCUCCUGAAAAGCCGCAACUUGACGCAAAAUGUUGGCUACUCCAAACCUCAAUGUCAAGCUAUUGUGAACUUGCUGCUGUUAGUGGUGUCAUGUUUACUUGCGUUCUGUCAAGGUCCGUGUUCGGCCACUCAAAAAUUUAUCGCUACCGAGAAUCCAGAUGCAUUGGAGCUGAUCGGAAAAAUUGUUAUCAGCAGUCCAAAGCACUUAUUUGAGCCCACAACAGAAGAGGAAACACUGAGAAUUAAGCUGAAGGUACUCUCGUGCAGACUGAUUUUGGCGUUGCUGGAAGGUGGAACAGACAGUCAAAUAUAUAGACGACUACGGACUCUGUUUUCAGAGCCAAUCCUGAUCCACUGCAUUCGUGAGCACUACGGAUACGGUACGAGCAACACUUCUCACAGCGGAGAUGUACGGAAGGCCGCUUUGGAGGCUGGGCAUCUGGUUUAUCUCAUUUUUCGGAAGCUUCACCUGCAAGCUCGCACCCAGAAGAAUAAACUGACGACGAUUCAUGACGCAGGGAAUCACACUGACUAUGCAAUACGCAAUGAAUGGAGCAAUUGGAAUUUUACCUGGAACGAAAAGGAUUAUAUCAAAGGAAGAUCUCAGAUGCAUGGUUCUGCCGCAACCGCACUUCAGUUUUAUGCAUGCAAGACUGGAGAAAUAGAGAUUGUUGGACCGAACGGCACAGAGAAAAUCUGUUUUCAAAUUCCUCCCAUUUGUGAGCAUUUGUCAGUGGAGAUCCGGAUUCGAAUGCUGGCAAAUUACCCUUUGGAUGAGCAUUCUUCGAAAGUAGCCUCGUUGUUUGAUCAUCUGAACGAGAUCUACGCCGAGAUGCUUUGUCAGAAAACCUUGUCGGACCAAGGCUGGUAUCGGUGGCUUGCCACGAAUUCCCAACGGCUAUUUGAUGCCAGCUUUUACACAACGGUUUUCAUUAACGUUCUCAUCGCUUUCUACUUCCCCUUUGAGACGGAUUGGCAUCAAAUGCGAACUGUAUGGAUACUCAAACAUCAGCUUUACCUUUGGCCCAUAAUUCCUGGUUUUUGCAUCACGUCUGCAUACGUCACACCCCAAAUCCCAGUGUACGUCACGGUAGCAAUUUCCACCCUAAGCAUGCUGACAUAUUUUGGAGCAAAACGGACCAUUUUCCUCCUUGGUUUGGCAAACAUGUUCAGUAGGACGCUCAGUAUUUACAUCAUGCUGGAAAGAUAUCGCGUGCUGAGGCAGUCACAAACUUCUUUAAUCACUACAAAUGGAAGUUCAAGGUGGGACCGGGAAGAGUUCCAACAGAUGCGUUCCAGUCGUCGAAAGGCUGGCUUUGGUUGGCAUGAACGCUCGACAGUGGUCUCUCAUGAUGAUUACAUGGGAUUGGUCAUUUGUCGCUCCUUCCUACAGAGAGGGAUCCAGAAAAUUAAUGGUUUCGCUGUGUCUUUCGCGCAGCGACUUAUGACUACGAAUCAUGGAGUUCAAAGAAACAUCUGCCUAGAACUGUUAUUUCUUUUACUCACCUAUUUCGGCAUUGAAAUUCAUCCCUUCUUUCACAGCAUCGUCCUGUUGGACGUCAUAAACCGAGAGGAGACACUGACCAACGUCAUCAGAGCCGUCACGAAGAACGGUCGUUCAAUAAUGCUCACCGCGCUUCUCGCUUUGGUCAUACUCUACAUAUAUGCCGUUGUUGGUUUCCUAUACUUCAAGGACGAUUUCGUGCUGGAAGUUGAGCACCUUGGACCGCAUACUUACUUUCAUUGUGAUGUGGCGAGCAACUCUUUCGCCACUGAGGAAGUGUUUGCACCAAAAGAUGGGAAUCUGACGGACUGCAUCUACAGUAGCUCAGUGAGCGAAGCGCGUAAGGAGCGACACUGUGAUUCACUACGUAUGUGCAUCCUUACCACUCUUCACGAAGGGCUACGCAGCGGCGGUGGGAUUGCAGAUGUGCUUCGCCGGCCAAGCAUCCGAGAAGAGAGGUUUCUCUUUCGUACAAUUUACGACCUUUCCUUCUUCGUGCUCGUCAUUAUUAUUAUACUGAAUGUUGUUUUUGGAGUCAUCGUGGACACAUUUGCCGCUUUGAGACAAGAAAGACAGCAUCAAGAAGAGCUGGUUCGCAACAAUUGUUGCGUUUGUGGGCUCCAGAGAGGGGUGUUUGAAAAAUACGGCCGCAGUUUUGGAGAACAUGUGGAACGGGAACAUAACAUAUGGCAGUACGUGUUCUUCAUAAUCCAUCUUCGUUUGAAACCCUCAACACAGUACACCGGACCUGAAAGCUAUGUGGCAAAACUGAUCCAACAAAAGGAUCUGAAAUGGAUACCCAGGAAGUGUGCAAUGUCUCUGUCGAGUGCAGAAACUUCACAACCUCAAGCAUCCUCUGAAUACAAGCAACUUGUGUCUCAAUUAGCUGAAGUUUCUCAAGGAUUACUCCAAAUCAAAGAGGAUUUGCACGCCAUUAGAGACCAUCAUUUCAAACACCAGAGUGAACACGCGAGAGAACGUCUGUUGUUUGACCUUUGCGAACAGACACGCCGUUCAAACUUGAACCGAUCGCGAUCACAGUACGACUUGUGAACCGUUUCCAUUGGUAAAUCUGAUUGUUUUCUUGAACAGACCUCUUAAAUAUACUGAGCAAUUCUU